AUGGAGUUAUCAUCAGACCAUGGAUUCGACCCCGAUUGGUGGGUGGAGCUAGACCAGAACUACGUCUCGGUCAUGGAGCAAAGGCGGCAAUUGAAGGAGAAGCAUGGUGAACUCUUCUUCUACUCUGACCCGGGUUCCGAAUUGGCGUGCCGAGAACUCAUGGAAAUACUGGUUCAGUUUCUCUGCAAGCGGUACCCUCAGUACUUCAGCCUCGAGAACGACAACACCAUCCUCCAGAACCGUCUUCUCGACACAACCACUGAUCUCAUCAAUACCCCGCCGUUGGAAGUAGUGUACCAAAACAUCCCGGAAGACUAUGCCCUGGUCUUUCGCAACGAGCAUGACGGCUUUUAUUACCUGCGGGCGGCAAUGGUCUGCUCGAGUGUAGGUUGGGACAUCGGGAUGCACCGCGGCAAGCCACUGAAGCGCAUCCACGACGCUGUUCCCGACUAUGCUGAGAAGAUGGCGUUCAGCAUGGAUCGCUUUUUCGCCAAGAUGGCUGUCGACCAGCCUAUCCAGCGGUGUAGUUGGAGUCUGGAGGAUCACGCACCACUGUUCAGCAGCCCCCGCAUGAUGGGGGACAAGUCAUGGGAGCGCAGUAUGUUCGCGGACUGCAAGGACGAUCUGACUAUCGAUCACGUAAAAUUGAGGUGCGACUACCAGACUUUGCGGAGGCUCCCACUUAGCGGUGCAAUCGUGUUCAACUUCAAAGCGGUGUUCUCUCAGAUCACCGAGAUCAGAGACGAGCCUUUUGUGCCGGCUAUAUUACUCAAGGUCUUGCAGGAGGGCAAGAAAAGUCUGGUCGACUACAAAACUGUGGAUCACGUCAAGGAUGUCACCAUUGAGGCUUGUACGAAGUGGUCCCAAGAGCAGGUUGAGAAGGGAGUGGUACCAAGCGACUGGGACGUUCGUACUUUAGAUGAGAGCCCCUUUUUCCCUGGCUGGGGAGAAAAGUGGCAUGCUAAGCAAGGCUUCUGA